GGGCGGGCCCAAAGCUCACGUGCUCGCCGUUCGCCUCUUAACCCGGCCCUGCGGCCCCGCCAGGAUAGCCACAGCCAGAGCUCGCUGAGCCCCGCGCCACCCACCCGCGACCCCCGCCCGGCCCGCGCGCCCGCCCCUCUCGCCGCCGGCGCUGCCCGCCCCCGCCCUCCUCCCUCCCUCUUUUCCUCCCUCCCUCCCUCCCCGCGCCGCUCGCAGCCGCAGCCCCCGGACCCGGAGGAUUAUGAGCGAACCAUGAGGCGGCUGCGGCGCUGGGCGAUCGCGGCUCUCCUGCUGCUGCCGCUGCUCCCCCCACCCGGUCUUGGGGCCCUGGGUCCCAGUGGAGCUCUGCAUUGGAGGAGCUCAGCCCAAGUGGGGAGCCCAGAGAGGCCAGAGGGCCCCGAGGUCACAGAGCCCAGUCGGCUGGUAAGGGAGAGCACCGGGGGAGAGGUCCGAAAGCAGCAAGUGGACACCAGGGUCCGCCAGGAUCCUCCCAGGGGGUCGCCCGUGCACCUGGCCCAGGUGAGUUUCGUCAUUCCAGCCUUCAACUCUGACUUCAUCCUGGACCUGGAGCUAAACCACCACCUCCUGUCCUCGCAGUAUGUGGAACGCCACUUCAGCCGGGAGGGGACAACUCAGCACAGCACUGGGGCUGGAGACCACUGCUACUACCACGGGAAACUCCGAGGCAACCCAAGUUCCUUCGCUGCUCUCUCCACCUGCCAGGGGCUGCAUGGGGUCUUCUCUGAUGGAAACCUGACUUACAUCAUAGAGCCCAAGGAGAUGGCUGGGCCAUGGGGACCCCCACAGGGACCCCUUCCCCACCUCAUUUACCGGACCCCUCUCCUCCCAGCCCCCCUCGGAUGCAGGGAACCAGGCUGCCUGUUUGCCAUCCCUGGCCAGUCUGAUCCUCCCACCUGGCCCAGGCUGAGAAGGAAAAGGCAGGUCCGCAGGGGCCACCCCACGGUGCACAGCGAGACCAAGUAUGUAGAACUGAUUGUCAUCAACGACCACCAGCUGUUCGAGCAGAUGCGGCAGUCGGUGGUCCUCACCAGCAACUUCGCCAAGUCUGUUGUGAACCUGGCGGAUGUGAUAUACAAGGAGCAGCUCAACACAAGAAUUGUGCUGGUUGCCAUGGAAACGUGGGCAGAUGGAGACAAGAUCCAGGUGCAGGAUGACCUACUGGAGACCCUGGCCCGGCUUAUGGUCUACCGGCGGGAGGGUCUACCUGAGCCCAGUGAUGCCACCCACCUCUUCUCGGGUAGAACCUUCCAGAGCACCAGCAGUGGGGCAGCCUACGUGGGGGGCAUCUGCUCGCUGUCCCGGGGUGGAGGCGUGAACGAGUACGGCAACAUGGGUGCUAUGGCAGUGACCCUGGCCCAGACGCUUGGGCAGAACUUGGGCAUGAUGUGGAAUAAACACCGGAGCUCGGCAGGGGACUGCAAAUGUCCAGACAUCUGGCUGGGCUGCAUCAUGGAGGACACUGGGUUCUACUUGCCCCGCAAGUUCUCGCGCUGCAGCAUCGACGAAUACAAUCAGUUUCUGCAGGAGGGAGGCGGAAGCUGCCUGUUCAACAAGCCCCUCAAGCUCCUGGACCCUCCCGAAUGUGGGAACGGCUUCGUGGAAGCUGGGGAGGAAUGCGACUGUGGUUCGGUGCAGGAAUGCAGCCGGGCGGGUGGCAACUGCUGCAAGAAGUGCACCCUGACUCACGACGCCAUGUGCAGCGAUGGGCUCUGCUGUCGCCGCUGCAAGUACGAGCCACGAGGUGUCUCCUGUCGAGAAGCGGUGAAUGAGUGUGACAUCGCAGAGACCUGCACCGGCGACUCAAGCCAGUGUCCCCCUAACCUUCACAAGCUGGACGGCUACUACUGUGAUCAUGAACAGGGCCGUUGCUAUGGAGGCCGCUGUAAAACCCGGGACCGGCAGUGCCAAGCCCUUUGGGGCCAUGCGGCUGCAGAUCGUUUCUGCUAUGAGAAGCUGAACGUGGAGGGGACGGAGCGUGGGAACUGUGGGCGCAAGGGAUCCGGCUGGGUCCAGUGCAAUAAGCAGGAUGUGCUCUGUGGCUUCCUUCUCUGCGUCAACAUCUCUGGAGCUCCUCGGCUAGGGGACCUGGGGGGAGACAUCAGCAGCGUCACCUUCUACCACCAGGGCAAGGAGCUGGACUGCAGGGGCGGUCACGUACAGCUAGCCGAUGGCUCAGACCUGAGCUACGUAGAGGACGGCACAGCCUGCGGGCCCAACAUGCUGUGCCUUGAUCAUCGCUGCCUGCCAGCCUCUGCCUUCAACUUCAGCACCUGCCCGGGCAGCGGGGAACGGCGCAUCUGCUCCCACCAUGGGGUUUGCAGCAACGAAGGGAAGUGCAUUUGUCAGGCAGACUGGACGGGCAAAGACUGCAGUAUCCACAACCCCCUACCCACAUCCCCUCCAACCGGGGAGACCGAGAGAUACAAAGGUCCCAGCGGCACCAACAUCAUCAUCGGCUCCAUCGCCGGGGCUGUCCUGGUUGCAGCCAUCGUCCUGGGCGGCACGGGCUGGGGAUUUAAAAACAUCCGUCGCGGAAGGUACGACCCGACCCAGCAGGGGGCAGUGUGAUGCCGGCCACGUCAUCCCUUCCGCUGUCCUUGUCUCCAUUUCAUUCGUCCCCUUGCAUUCUGUUGACCUGGAGCUGGGAUGGUCCGAGUCCCGCAGCCAGGAGGGCAGCCUGCGCCCCGGCCCUUCCUCCUGCCCACCCGCCUGUUGGGGCCCUGGUCCACCUUCGGCUAUCCUUUCUACAGCCAGGUCCCAUGGCUGGGUGGGCGCUGGAACUGUGCCCCCGCCACCCCUGCCCCUAGGAGGGGGUCUCCCUCUGCGUCCUGUCCCAUCUGUUUUGUCUACCAUGCCACCGCUGUCUGACCUCUGCAGACCCCCUCCUGGCCAGCCUGUGACUUGAUGCCUCCAGGACCUCUGGGGAGGAGGGGGGGCAUCUGGAGGGCUCUCCCUCAGGGCCCAGCCUCCUGUACUCUCCUGAUGCCCUCUCUCC